AUGCGCAUGUUGUUGUUGAGGGAUGUGCAAGAGUAUGCAUCGCUCAAGCCAAACGCUUACGGUAUAAGGGAGCUCGGCGUCGAGAUGGCUCGCGUCCGAGAAGAUGGUGCGUGUGAAGGAAUCGUUGCGAGCGGCUGCCGAAAGCUCACGAGCUAAGGAGUGACACCUUUUCUUUUCACCCGUUUGCAAUGCGAUACCCUCGCAGCGCUCGCUUCGAGCACUGCACCGGACCUCAUCCUGGUCCCCGGCGUAGCGUUCGAUGUGCACGCCAAUAGACUGGGUCACGGAAAGGGCUACUACGAUCGUUAUCUUGCUCAGUUGCACAAAGCUGCGCGAGCUAGACGAGUCGCUGCCGAAAAGGAGCCCAUUUCGGGUGAGUCGAGAGUGGAGCGUGGAGCGUGGGGCGUCGAGCGUGGCCCCGGCUCGCACCUCGGUGCAUUGGUCGAUCAGACAAUCACAGAUCAUCAGAGCUUGGCACUCGCGCUGAGCAGCUUCGCUUCCCCUGCUGGACUGGCGCUCCCCCCCAUCAGUGGCCCUGUCCUUGUCGCCGCAGCUUCUGGCCGAACCUCAAACGGUCCCCACAGACGAAAAUGACAGACCUUUGGAUGCCAUCGUUGCACCAGAUCGGACGAUCUUUGCCCCUGGGUCUAGAUGGAAAAAUGCAUGA